UUUUUUUUUCUCGGUAGACUGAGAGGGAGCAGGGACAACAGGAGAGAGGGAGACAGACAGAGAGAGAGAGAGAGAGAGAGAGAGAGAGGAGGGAGGGAGUCUGAAAUCUCCAGCUCCAGUACCUGUUAGAGCGCUGGAUGGCCGAGUGAUCAGAUUAGAGGUGUCACUGUUCGUUAAUCUGGGAGGCAGCGACAGACGGCCACACACGCCGCUUCCGCGCACCGCUCCAUUCAUCGGCGGCGAAGGGGAGCGCAGAAGAUUGGAUAUUGACGCGCGUCGGGGAAUUUCCUCCCCUCUUUAUUUUUUUCUCUUUUGUUUUUCUUUUACAAUGGAUACCUGCAGGGUACGAUCCUGGCUGUUUCUGGUCCUGUUAUGUCAGGACGCUUGUUGGGCAUCGCAGUUUCCGACACAGCUCAUGAUUAAAGAAUGGGUUGAUCAGAUGCAGAAAGAGCUCGUCACCCUGGCAGACACGGCCACAGCUGGGAAAAGCCUCACUCAGAUUUUUGAGAGAAACAUGCACCUCUACACUGUGGAGCAAAAUGAUGCGGAGGAGCUUGUGGCCAGAGCAGCGAGGAACAUAGAACAGCUGCUGCGGAAGAGGUCUGCUGCCUUGAAGAAACUGGCCACAGCUGCUGAGCAAUUCCAGAUGUCGCAUGCAUGGAAAAACGAGUUUGAGGAUGAUGAAAUUGCCUACUACAACGCAAAGGACAACCUGGAUGCAAAUGAGACAGAGGGAAGAAAAUACAGGAUCCGUCCGGACUUUAAAGAGGACUCAUCAUUUAAACGUUUGACCGACCACAACCACACGGCUGUCCACAUUCCCACUGAUAUCUAUGAUGGCUCCACCAUUGUGCUGAAUGAGCUGAGCUGGACGGAGGCAUUGGAGGAUGUGUUCAGAAAGAAUAGGGAGGAUGACCCCACCCUCCUCUGGCAGGUGUUUGGUAGUGCUACAGGCCUGGCCCGCUACUAUCCAGCCUCUCCCUGGAUGGAUGCUCGGAAGACCCCCAGUAAAAUUGAUCUCUAUGAUGUCCGCAGGAGGCCAUGGUACAUUCAAGGAGCUGCCUCACCCAAAGAUAUGCUAAUCCUCGUCGAUGCGAGUGGCAGUGUGUCUGGCUUGACUCUCAAACUGAUCAGGACCUCUGUCAGUGAGAUGCUGGAGACUCUGUCCGACGACGACUAUGUCAAUGUAGUUUAUUUUAACACCAGGGUGAAUAAGACGGCAUGCUUCGACCAUCUGGUUCAAGCCAACGUGAGGAACAAAAAGCUGCUGAAGGAUGCCGUGCAGAACAUCACAGCUAAAGGAAUUACAAACUACACAAAAGGCUUCGAGUUUGCUUUUGAGCAGCUCUCUGUGACUAAUGUGAGCAGAGCAAACUGCAACAAGAUCAUCAUGCUGUUUACUGAUGGAGGAGAGGAAAGAGCUCAGGCCAUACUGGAGAAAUACAAUGCAGACAAAAAGGUGAGAAUCUUCACCUUCUCAGUAGGACAACACAACUACGAUAAAGGACCCAUUCAGUGGAUGGCCUGCUCCAACAAAGGUUACUUCUAUGAGAUUCCUUCCAUUGGCGCCAUCAGAAUAAAUACACAGGAGUACCUAGAUGUCUUGGGAAGACCCAUGGUUCUAGCAGACAAGCAGGCCAAACAGGUCCAAUGGACAAAUGUAUACCUUGAUGCUCUGGAACUGGGUCUGGUCAUCACUGGAACACUACCCGUCUUCAACAGAACCAAGUAUAUGGAUGACCGGAAUGGCGAGCACCAGAAUCAGUUGAUUCUUGGCGUAAUGGGGAUUGACGUGUCUCUUGAUGACAUCAAGAAGCUCACGCCACGCUUCACAAUUGGUCCAAAUGGAUAUUACUUUGCCAUUGAUCCCAACGGAUAUGUCCUGCUGCACCCCAAUCUCCAACCAAAGAAAAGGAUUCGUAACAGGAAGCUCAGGCUCAAUAAUAAGUAUGCUGUCACUUUUCACGAGGAGCCUGUUACUCUGGACUUUCUGGAUGCCGAGCUGGAGAAUGACAUCAAAGUGGAGAUCAGGAAAAUGAUGAUUGACGGCGAGACGGGAGAACAAACCAUUCACACUCUGGUGAAAACUCAGGAUGAGAGGUACAUAGACAGAGGAAUUAGGACCUACACAUGGGCACCAGUCAAUGGAACAGAUUACAGCCUGGCCCUUGUUUUGCCAAAAUACAGCGAACACUUCAUUCAAGCUAAACUGGGAGAAGAUAUGAUACAAGCCAUGUCUAUGGAGACCAUACAGCCAGAGAGGUUUGAUGACUUUGGUUACACCUACAUCGCUCCCAGGGAGUACUGCAAAGAGCUGAAGUUGUCAGUCAACAACACCCAGUUUCUCCUCGACUUCAACCAGUACAUUGACAGAAACACUCCAGAUGCAUGUAAUGUAUCCCUCGUGAGCCGACUAAUCCUGGAUGCAGGUCUGACAGCUGAACUGGUUAAACUUUGGAACGAGCAGACAGUGGAUGGGAUAGUGGCCAGGUUUGUAGCAACAGAUGGAGGAAUCACAAGAGUCUAUCCAAGAAGCGCCGGGGAAGAGUGGACAGAGAAUCCUGAGACGUAUGAGUCCAGCUUCUACAAGAGGACCCUGGACAAUGAAAUUUAUAUUUUCACAGCUCCAUCUUUCAACGCAGAGAGCAGGGAGUCUGUGUCUGAGUCAGGUAUUCUGGUGAGCAAAGCGGUUGACCUCGUCAUCGAUGAAGUCACGCUCAAACCAGCAGUGGUAGGAGUGAAACUCAAUGUCUCAUUCUGGAUGAACAGUUUCAUGAACGCUACACUAAAACUGAAUUGCAAGGAUGAGAUUUGUGGCUGUCUGAGAAAUGACAAGCAUGUAGACUGCGUGAUACUGGAUGAUGGAGGAUUUCUUCUCAUGUCCAAUCAAGACGAAUAUAUUACCCUGAUAGGUCAGUUCUUUGGCGAGGUGGAUCCAGUGUUGAUGAUCAACCUUGUCAACACCUCUCUGUACUCCUUCAACAAGACCUAUGACUACCAGUCUGUGUGCGACCCGGAGAAAGACAGCAAGGCAGCGGCAGGACCUCGCUCAGUCUACGUGCCUACCAUUGCGGACGUGCUCAGUAUUGGCUGGUGGGCCUCCAGUGCUGCCUGGUCGAUACUCCAGCAGCUCUUCUUCAGUCUCAUGUUCCCCAACCUUCUAGAAGCAGCGGAUUCAGCAGAGGAAGACAUACCAGAUGCAAUGUUUAAGGAAAGCUGUAUCACAGAACAAACCCAGUACUUCUUUGACAAUGAUGAAAGCUCCUACUCAGGUGUCCUGGACUGUGGAAACUGUUCCAGGAUGUAUCGUGCCGAGAAGCUGCCCAACACCAACCUAGUGUUUCUGAUCACCGAUGCCAAGGCAACAUGUUUGUCGUGUGACCCCAGGCCUCUACGGCAGGCUGAGCAGCCCUCUGAAGGUCCAAAUCCAUGCGAGCUGGCUCAGAAUCCUAGAUACCGCAAAGGGCCGGACGUGUGUUUUGACAACAAUGAAAAUGAUGAGCCCUUGUGCCCAAUCAGCAGAGAGUCUACGCUGAGUCCUACACCUUUUGUGUUGUUUGUGGUUCUGACUUCAGGGAAGAUGAUUCUGACUGCGGAGGAGGGACUUUUCUAAGCCCGAGUCUUUGGCCAAUGCUUGGCCUCCAACUGCUGCUGCUGUGGCUCAUCACAUCUUUACGACACUCAUGACCCCUACACACACACACACACACACACACACACACACACACACACACACACACACACACACACACACACACACACACACACACACACACACACACACACACACACACACUCACACUCAUACACUGAUCAUCAUCUCAUUUCACAGGAGGCCAGAAGACACUCCAGUUACGCCAUACAGGAUGUAUGCAGAAUAUUUGCAAGGAGACGUUUUUUUCUGAACCAGUAUCAGCAUUUCCAUUUUUCCAAUGCCAAAGGGUGCUCAUUCAUUUCCUCCUCAUCGUUUUCAAAAAUAGAGACACAUUUACUGUGCUCAGCUGCACUCAUUUCCAUGAUAUACUCCUUAAUACUCUCCUAUGGUGCAAGAGUAAGAGCUAACCAAACCCUUUAAUUCUGCCUCAUUUGUUUCUGUGAUUUAUUUUGCGGAGGAUGAAGAGUUAUCCCACUAUGCCAACUAAAUAUCAUUCAAAGACUGUAUGUUCACUGACAGCAUUGAUUUGUGUAGUUGUCAGUAUUGUUUGUUGCUUAUUCUAUUUAUUGCGUAUGAAUCAUUAUGCUGUAAUGAUUGUUUCUUUCGGCAACCAGUGCAACUAUGAAGAAUAUCCCUUCGGUUUUGAGUGUUUUUAAAUGUACUUACCUAUCUAUUUCAGUUUUUGUACUCCAAAAUCAACUAGCAUUUUGUGACUAGCUAGGUGUUGUAUUGUAGAAGCAUGUGCUCGGUACAGAGCUAAAGACAAUACCAACACUUUGACACCAAAGCUCCACAAAGUACCAAGGACCACAGAUACACGCAAAGCUACUACAGAGAAUCUGCAGGCUAGUUUAUUUGACGAAAUUCCUCAGAUGUGGGUGUACAUCAGUAUUCAACUUACGGUGUUAGAUAGAUCGCUACCUUAGAUUUCUCCCUGAGAAUGAGGUCAAUGUGCACCCAACGUGAAAAAACUAUUAAGAUAUUACAAUUUCAAAUAUGUUUGUGGUUGUCUUGGUUUGGUUGUCUUCAGUUUGAUGCAUCAAAUUCCCAGUGCCUACAUAGUAGCUCAGACGGUCUGGUAUCUGACUGAAGCAACACAUCAGUGUUGUAUUCUGACCAUGUAUGCUUCUUGGCGAACACUCGCUGCAGUAGAAAAGAGAGGGUAGCCCUUGCAGUAAUAUGUUAUGAAAUGGGCCCAAUGUGCUGCAGUUAUUCUAAUUUAUGUGGCCCAGGCAACAGUAGAAACAACCAGUGGCUUUGAUCGUGGGAGAUUAAUAUUAGUUUCUUGCCUGGUCAAAAGUAAACUUCAACCAGACUUGAGCUUGUGUUCCAACACCUCUCUUUAUUAAUCCUGUUUCUGUUCCCUUCUCUGGAUCACCAGACUCAGGAGCCAAGAUGACUUGUGAAUGAGAUCAGCAUAUCAAUAUGACUGUUUCUUUGGGGUUUUUUUUUCUUCUUUUCCUCGCUGUUCUCUUCUUUAUGCUUGUUUCCUCUUUGUGUUGCUCUAUAAGUGCUGUGAAGCAGACGCUGAAGGCUCAGUGUCGAAAUGCUGCAAUGUCAUGGGAUGAGCUUGUUCUGUGUUUGAACACUGUCUAUGCCUACGAUCAGCAUCAGGGCCUGCUGGAGAGAACUUUUGAGAACACACUACUACCAAUGAUGAUUUUGCAUUGCCUUACUUUUUCAUGAGUCAUAAAGAUCACACAUGGGUUAAGUUCAUCCGUUUCCCCCCCUUGUUUUGUAGUUCUCUCCACCUUGCCUUCGUGGUGACAUGCUGGUGUUGAGUGAUCAGGUUAUGCUGUCUAUCAAAGUCGCGUGUUGACUUGUGUUUUAUCCCGGGGGUCCCGUGUCUAUGUGCAGGCAUGUGCGUGUCCCUCCGAUAUCUGAUUGUGCUUUAAUACCGUACAUGAAAUACUCUUUUGUGGAACUUCACUAGCCUGAAUAAAUUUUGUAUACAUUUGUACACUAAUACUAUUUACUGUAUAAAAGAGAAAAAGAAAGAAAAGAAAAUUUGUUUAUAAUAUGGUGUUGAUUAUUGUGCAAAUAUGAUAUAUUCACAAUAAAAGUGUUGUAUUGUUA